AUGAGACAGGACUGCGGAGGAAACCUCAUGUUCAACAUGUAUCUCUCAGAUCCAACAGAAAAUCUGUUGAAAGAAAGCAAAGGAACCUCCUGGGCUCCGAUAAAUACAGGAGUUCAAAAAGGGAGUGGGCAGAUUCAGCUCUGGCAGUUCCUACUGGAGCUCCUCUCUGACAGCACCAACAUGUCGUGCAUCGCGUGGGAGGGCACCAACGGAGAGUUCAAGCUCAUCGACCCUGAUGAGGUGGCCCGGCGCUGGGGGGAGCGCAAAAGCAAACCCAACAUGAACUACGACAAGCUGAGCCGGGCGCUGCGCUACUACUACGACAAAAACAUCAUGACCAAAGUCCACGGCAAAAGAUACGCCUACAAGUUUGAUUUCCACGGCUUGGCGCAGGUGUGCCAGCCGUCCACCACCGAGCAGGCCAUCUACAAAUUUCAGGGCAACUUCUCCCCGAUCCCCUUCUCCGGGAUUUCCAAACUGAACCUCGUGGCUCCUGGCGUGGGGCCUUCGGGGUUCUCCUACUGGGCUGGCUCCACACCAGCGGCUCUCUACCACAGCCACAACCUCCAGCCUCCGGGACCGUUUGGCACCGUGUCCCCGUCCCACAUCGGCUGCGUCAACAACAUCAGCAGUCUGAGCACCAUCAACAACCACUACAACUGA